GGGCUUUGAACGCAGCAUGACACAACAACGAAGAUGGCGUGUUGUGGGAACUGUUUCGGCUGCCGACGUUGUAGUGAAGAGGAGACACGCACGCCAGAGGAAUUGACAAUUCUUGGAGAAAUCCGAGAUGAAGAAGAAGAGAUUCUGCCAAGGAAGGACUAUGAGAGCCUGGAUUAUGACCGAUGUGUCAGUGAGCCCUAUGUGGAGCUUUUGGAGGGGAUGGACAACAAGAAAGCCAAAAAGUAUGAAGCGCUACGAUGGAUGAUGGUAUUUGCUAUUGGAGCAUCUGUCGGAUUGGUGGGCCUGUUUGUGGAUUUCUUUGUCCGCUUCUUCACCAAGCUCAAGUUUUCUUUGGUGGGUUACUCUGUAGAGGAGUGCAGUGAGAAAGGUUGCCUCCCUCUUUCUCUACUGGAGCUUCUGGCUUUCAACAUGACCUUUGUCUUUAUUGCCAGUGUGCUAGUUCUUAUUGAGCCCGUAGCUGCAGGUUCGGGGAUUCCAGAAAUUAAAAGUUACUUGAACGGAGUGAAGAUUCCCGGAAUCGUCCGUUUACGAACUUUUUUCUGCAAAGCCGUCGGCGUUUUGUUCAGCGUUGCUGGAGGUCUUUUUGUGGGCAAAGAAGGUCCAAUGAUACACAGUGGAGCCAUUUUGGGAGCUGGCCUUCCUCAGUUUCAGAGCAUCACUUUUAAGAGAAUCAAAUUCAAUUUUCCCUUCUUCCGAAGUGACAGGGACAAGCGAGAUUUUGUGUCAGCCGGUGCUGCUGCUGGGGUAGCUGCAGCCUUCGGUGCUCCCAUUGGGGGCACCCUCUUCAGUCUGGAGGAGGGUUCCUCUUUCUGGAACCAGGCCCUCACUUGGAAAGUGCUCUUUUGCUCAAUGUCAGCUACAUUUACCCUCAACUUCUUCCGAUCUGGUAUAAACUUUAAUAAGUGGGGCUCCUUCCAGCUUCCUGGUCUGCUCAACUUUGGAGAAUUUAAGUGUCCUGAUGGAGAUAAAAACUGCCACCUGUGGACUGCAGUGGACCUUGCCUUCUUUGUCUUAAUGGGCAUAGUGGGUGGACUACUGGGGGCGCUCUUCAACUGCAUGAACAGGAACCUUGCCAAGUAUCGCAUGAGACACAUCCACCCGAAGGCCAAGUUUAUCAGGGUUAUAGAGAGUCUGCUGGUCGCCAUGGUGACCUCAGUGGUGAUUUUUGCCGCUUCCAUGUUUUUGGGUGAAUGCAGAGACUUGUACUCCCCCACCGGCCAUAACACCACACUUUCUGUGGGCCAGGAUAUCAACUCGACCACCCGGCAGUACUUCUGCACCAACAAGACUUAUAAUGAUAUGGCCACACUGUUCUUCAACCCACAGGAAGCUGCCAUCCAUCAGCUUUUCCACCAGGAUGGUACCUUCAGCCCUGUGACUCUCUCUGUGUUCUUCCUGCUGUACUUCCUGUUGGCCUGUUGGACGUAUGGUGUGUCAGUUCCCAGCGGGCUCUUCGUCCCUUCACUGCUCUGUGGGGCUGCUUUUGGACGUUUGGUUGCCAACAUCCUUAAAGUGAAACUGGGGAUGGAUAUCUAUGCUGGAACCUUUGCCCUGAUUGGAGCUGCUGCAUUCCUCGGAGGAGUGGUCCGGAUGACCAUCAGCCUGACCGUCAUCCUCAUUGAAUCCACAAAUGAAAUCACAUUAGGACUCCCCAUUAUGAUCACUCUCAUGGUAGCAAAGUGGACAGGAGAUCUAUUCAAUAAGGGCAUCUAUGACAUUCACAUUCAGCUGAGAGGAGUGCCGCUUCUAGAGUGGGAGACUGAGGUUGAAAUGGACAAGUUGACAGCCAGCGACAUAAUGGAGCCCAACCUGACCUACGUAUACCCCCACACCCGGGUCCAAUCUCUAGUCAGCAUCCUGCGUACCACCAUUUAUCACGCCUUCCCUGUGGUCACAGAAAAUCGCCAGAACGAGCGGGACUUCAUGAAGGGAAACAUCCUAGUCAGCAACAACAUCCACUUUAAGAAAGCCAGCAUUGUGUCACGUGCGAGCGAGCAACGACGACGCUGCCAGUCUAUGAAGUCGUAUCCCUCCAGCGAGCUGAGGAACGUAUGUGAUGAGCAGCGUGCUGUGGUGGAGCCGGCCGAUGAAGGAGAAGACCUCUUACAGCAGAUGCUGGAGAGGAGGCAUAUGCCCUACCCCAACCUGUACCCUGACCAGUCUCCCAGUGAGGAGUGGACAAUGGAGGAGCGUUUUAGACCACUCACUUUCCAUGGCCUCAUUCUGCGCUCUCAGCUGGUCAACCUGCUCAUGAGAGGCGUCUGUUACGCUGAAAACCAGUCGAGUGCCACUCAGCCCAGAUUGACGUAUGCAGAGAUGACAGAAGAUUACCCACGUUACCCUGAUAUCCACGACUUGGACCUUACCCAGCUCAGCCCCCGCAUGAUUGUGGAUGUCACUCCGUACAUGAACCCGUGUCCCUACACGGUGUCACCCAACACCCGAAUCUCGCAGGUAUUUAACCUUUUCAGAACAAUGGGCCUGCGACAUUUACCAGUGGUCAACGCUGUUGGAGAAAUUGUUGGGAUUAUCACAAGACAUAAUUUAACCCACGAAUUCCUUAUGGCCAAACUACGACAGCACUACGUCACGAUUUAAUCUGAGCUCAAUCUUGACCAUUCCAUGUUCAUUCUUGUAUAUUAUUGUCAUUUUUCUUCAACCCCAAUUGUGUCUUACUAAUUAUUUGUAAACUACACUUUUGUAUACCUGUGCAAUCUUUUUUUUUUAUUUAAUUAUAUUGCUUUGCAAUAUUAAAUGUGUCAA